AUGUGCGGCAUCCUAGCCAUUUUCCACUCGUCCAUUGAAAGGCACCGACUGCGUAGGAAGGCCCUGGAGUUGUCAAAGAAGCUGAGGCACCGGGGCCCCGACUGGAACGGAAUCGUGGUUGAGGAUAAUGAGGACGGAACGACAAACGUGCUGGCGCACGAACGGCUGGCCAUUGUCGACGUGCUCUCGGGUCACCAGCCCCUCUACGACGACGCCAAGGAAGUGUGUCUCACAAUAAACGGAGAGAUCUACAACCACCUGGAGUUGCGAAAGCUCCUUCCUGAAGACACCAUAAAAAAUUUAACGAGCCAAUCUGAUUGUGCAGUGAUUCCGAACCUGUACAAAAAGUAUACUCAUAAAAUGCCAUCCAUGUUGAAUGGAAUUUUUGCUGGAGUUAUAAGUGAUAAUAAGAAGAACACAUUUUUUGCGUUCAGAGAUCCUAUAGGAGUUUGUCCUUUGUAUAUAGGAUACGCAUCUGAUGGGUCCAUUUGGUUUGCCUCGGAGUUUAAAGCACUAAAGGAUAGCUGUGUUAGGUAUGUGAACUUUCCUCCUGCGCAUUAUUACAUCAACUGCAAAAAUAAGGGGGAGUUCGUUCGUUACUUUAAUCCUAACUGGUGGGAGCUAAGUGCUCCUAUCCCCAACAAUAAAGCCGACUUAGAACAGAUUCGAGUGCACCUGGAGAAGGCUGUGGUGAAGAGGCUCAUGGGGGAUGUGCCCUUCGGGGUAUUACUCUCCGGGGGGCUGGACUCUUCCAUCGUGGCCGCGAUAAUUUGCAGACAUUUGAAGAAGAUCCACGGAGGGGAAAGUGGGACAAGUGCAACUCACCUCAGCAAUAACGAUGACGGUGGCAAAAAUUCCACCGCUGCUUCUGUCCAUCUGAAGAGCUUCUCCAUCGGGUUGCGUAAUUCGCCUGACUUGAAGGCCGCAAGAGAGGUUGCAAAUUUUUUGGGGAGUCAACACACGGAGUUCCACUUUACCGUGGAGGAAGGAGUAGAUUCACUGCACGAUGUGAUUUAUCACAUUGAAACGUACGACAUUACAACCAUCCGUGCAUCGACCCCCAUGUACAUUCUUUCACGACUGAUCAAAAGCAGUUGCGUGAAAAUGGUUCUAAGUGGAGAAGGGGCGGACGAAAUAUUUGGAGGGUACCUCUACUUUCAUAAGGCUCCUAACCGAGAAGAGUUUCACCGAGAGUUACAAAGGAAGGUGCAUGACUUGCACAUGUAUGACUGUUUGAGGGCAAACAAAUCUACCAUGGCCUUUGGGAUCGAAGCACGUGUUCCCUUCCUCGAUCUUAACCUCUUAGAUGUAGUAAUGAAUAUUGACCCAAAAGAAAAAAUGUGUUCAGAGGGACAUAUAGAAAAGGAAAUUUUAAGACGCGCUUUCGCUGGCUAUUUGCCUGACCAUAUUUUGUACAGGCAAAAGGAACAAUUCUCUGAUGGGGUUGGUUACAAUUGGAUUGAUGGUUUGAAGGAGUAUGCAGAGAGUAAAAUUUCAGACAUACAAUUUUCACGCGCACCUUUUUUAUUUCCAUAUAAUACACCCAAGACGAAGGAGGCCUAUUUGUACAGGUGCAUUUUUUCUGAGUGUUUUCCGGAACAGUGUGCACAGGAGUCUGUGCCCGAGGGGUCCUCCAUCGCCUGUUCAUCAAGCAAGGCGGUCGAAUGGGAUGCGUCAUUUAAGCAAAACCCAGAUCAGUCGGGCAGGUCCGUGCUCGGUGUGCACCACAGCUCGAAGCAGUUCUCCGACGUGAAGCCUGUCCAGCUGCCCGACGAUGAGAGCAAGGCGCUCCUCUCAAGCGCAAGCUGA